UGUGAGGAAUGAUUCAUUGUAUUUUCCGUAAGAUAGGUUCUUCCUACGUCGCGAUGACGUUCUGCCAGAACAGUAUUCAGCACAUAAAAGCAAGCCAUCUUCCUACCGUUCUCUUCAGAAUUAUCUGAUCCCAUAUCACAUCCUUACAAACAAUGCCGUUUCUGCUUCGUCCUGACCGUUAUUGCUGCUUUGACAGGGCAAUAUCUGCCAGUCCCGUUGACAAUGAGAGUGACCCUGACAGCAGUUAUGUUUGUCCCAUCUUUUGCAACCAUUCAAAGUGCUGCAAAGGAGAAAAAUGCGUGUUGUCAAACGCCUGGGCUCAGGGUACGGAAGAAGACUUCUGGGUAUGUGUGAAGUCAAACUGGGGGCUACCUCUCAUUGUAAGCUUGAACCUAGGAGCCCUCGAUGACACCAUGACUACUCCUCCUGUCAUAGGCGCUGUUUACAUGGAUGCAUUUUUGGUCUGCACUGAGCCGCUGGGGUUUAUCACGACCCCAUUAGAUGGUGGAAAAUUGUUGUCAAAUUGUGAAAGCUCGAGAUCUGAAGAAGAACGAAAAUUUUGUUCACCCGCCGCCAAAAGAUAUAAACCCAGUGUACUCUCUUCUAGCCCAUCCCCGAUGCUUGAGAAACGGUCACGAUGGGGUCUCCAGAAGAAAAUGAUCAGCGGAAAUGAGCUGAGUUCCAAGGACGCAGAUGGAGACGCCAGGAAACUCACGAUUCGCCACUAGUACUCCCAUAUUAUCCUCCUCUUUCAAGUUUCCGACCACUACCCCUCCCCAAUCCACCCAAAAUCGCAUCGCUUGUGUCUCUUCUCAGGUGUUUACUCGCAGUAAUCGCAGGACCAGGACGCACAAGAUUUACAAGGAUUUUAGGAGAUAAUGAAAAGAAAGGUCGUCGUUGAGUGCAACGUUGAAGCAGGUGUUGAGUACGUACAGUCAUUUCCGAAAGUCUUGACUCACGUGUUCGAAAUGGUUCAAAAAUAGUGAAAAUGU